GUAAACACUCGUAAACAAAGGCGACACAAACACGAAUUGCAAAUAAUUUGCGUGAAAUUGAAGUCGACGAUCGCAAAUGGUGCCUGGGAAAAGGUUGCGUUUAAAAAACGACGUAGAAGUGUAGAAAGUAACGAUGCCAGUCGAUAUUAACCGGCUAACGGACGGGUGGCUGGAGUUGGAGAGCGACCCCGGAUUGUUUACGUUGCUGUUGGAGGAUUUCGGUGUGAAAGGAGUGCAGGUGGAGGAGAUCUACGACUUGCAGAAGAACCUCGAGGGCCAAGUGUACGGGUUUAUCUUUCUUUUUCGCUGGAUCGAAGAAAGACGUGCCCGGCGCAAGAUCGUCGAAACGACGGACAUUUAUGUGAAGGAUGAGGAUGCGGUGAACAACAUAUUCUUCGCUCAGCAGGUUGUACCGAACAGCUGCGCGACGCACGCCCUGCUCUCGGUGCUGCUGAACUGUUUCGACAUCGAUCUCGGAACUACGCUUAGCCGAUUGAAGAUGCACACCAAAGGAAUGAGCCCGGAGAACAAGGGUUGGGCCAUCGGGAACACACCCGAGUUGGCAUGUGCGCACAACUCACAUGCGAUGCCUCAGGCGCGACGGAGAAUGGAUCGUAAUUCCGGCGUCAGUACGGGAAGGUUCACCGGAGAAGCAUUCCAUUUCGUCUCGUUUGUUCCAAUCGAUGGUCAUCUGUUCGAGCUGGAUGGACUAAAACCUUUCCCGAUGGAUCACGGACCAUGGGGAGAGAAGGAAGCCUGGACGGACAAGUUUCGACGGGUGAUGUCGGAUCGGCUUGGCAUCACGACCGGCGAGCAGGACAUCCGGUUCAAUCUGAUGGCGGUCGUGCCGGAUAGGCGCAUUGCUAUCACUCACAAACUGAAAAUGCUUCGCACGAAUCAAACCAUCGUUUCGGCCGCGUUGGAAAAGCUGUUGAAAUCGGAAAAAAGAGAAUCCGCAUCGACAAGCCGUGCCCAGGCAGUAGCGUCGGGAAAGGAAACCGGAAUCGUCGUCAAAAAGGAACCAGAAUCAUCUCCUGUUAAGCUAUCCUCGGAAUACUCCGAGCUGCUUGCGAUUAAAGAGGAAAAGCAGCCAGAAUUUCAACCGUCUUCGCCUUCAGUUUCCGUUGCGAAGGAUCUGGAAUCCUUCGUUUCCAUGAACAAUUCAUCCGAUUCGGUGGAAAUCAUUGGCGAGUCGCAGAUUAAACAGGAACAAGAUCCACCACCCUCACCGCCCUCUUCCUUCAUGGGAGCCGGUACUUUCUCGCCGAAGGAUCUCCUAUCGCUACUGAAGAAUCUCGAGUCGGAGAUAAAGAUAACCGAGCAGCAUUUAUGCGACGAGAACGAAAAGCGUGAACGUUUCAAAUUGGACGAUUGCAGACGGACGCACAACUACGACGAGUUUAUCUGCACGUUUCUUUCGAUGCUGGCUCAUCAGGGCGUGCUGGCGGAGCUGGUAUCGCAGGAUCUCAUCGCGAACAGAAAACCCAGUCUGGGUGGAGUGCAGAAUAGCGCCAGCAGGGCAAUUUCACGUAGCUAUAAGAAAAAUGCAGCCACUAAUGGAUCGUCGCCGAAAACACCCGGAGCCAAACGGCGCCGUGGAAGGGCAAAGUGUCGCAAACGGAAAUGAGAGAUCGCUAUGACUUUGUUUUAAUUUCAUUAUCUUUUUACCCAUAGACAUUUCCAUGUAUCUUGUUUGCCCUCAUAAUUUGGGGCAUCAGGAAUAUUUUGAAAUCAAUAAAUUCGUAGUGUAACUCAAUGCAAGCAAAGCAG